AUGUCCUCUAAUCCUGUAUUCUCCGGUGGGACAGACUCCCAAGUCACGAGCCAAGUUGAUGGGCCUGACAAUCUGCAUCCCAUCGAGGCCAAUGCUGACGCCAUCCUCUUCCUAAACUCUCUCCAACAGGAGGAGCUGCAGCUGUUUCUUUUUUCUGAGACUCUGGUCAUGGUCUCGGACUCCGGGGAGCCACAGGGAGAACUGACCAUUCAAGUACAGAAAGGAAGUCGCGUAGAUGAAUUUGGGAUCUUCACCCACUGCCUCUUCGUGCAUGCCUUCAGUCGGGGCUUCAUCAACAAGACCGUCUGUGGGAACUCUCUCCAGGGAUAUCUCUCAUGGAAUAUGGAGAUCCUGGAACAGCAGAGUCAGGAAUUUAUCAAGUUACAAAGCAUUCCCAUGGAGCAGAAGCUAAACUUGGUGACCAAGGAUGACCGGCUGAUUAUAACCAGGCGUGUCAAGGAGGGUGAGGAUGUGAAGACAGAAAGGAUCACCAAGUCCUGCAGCUCUAUUGCAGGCUUUAUCUCUGAGGCUGCCAACCUGGUGUUGCUGAGGGUGAUGGCCUGGCGACAGAUGGUGCCCAGCAAUGCCCGUUUUCUGGCCUUGGACACAGAAGGAAAACUCUGCCAUUCUACCUAUCAAUGCCUGGGCUCCCAGACAGUUGAGAUCAACCACCAGCAGGUAGAAGUGUUUGUCGUGGAGCAGAACAUCCACUCCCAAGUGGGCAUCCCUUCAUCUUGUCAGUUCUACCUGCUCUCCGAUGGGCACUUAGCCAAGAGAAUCCAGGUGGGCUCCCCUGCGUGCUGUAUGAUCUUCAAGAUGCCCAAUGUGAGGGAGAAGGAUGAAAUUGAGUCUCCCCCAGUAUUUGGGAAGAAGGACCUGGUGUGGGAAGAAGAUGCUGAGCUCUACUCCAAAUUCAUAGACCGGAAGGAGGAGCUCCGUCUCAGUCACAGCAGAUAUCUGGGGCAGCACCCAGAGGCUAAAGCAAUCAUCUCCGACUUCCUGCUCUUCUUGCUGCUGAGCCAGCCAGAGGACGUGGUCACCUUCGCCUCCGAGCACUUCAGUCCCUACUCACCUUUCGAAAUGCCACUCACAUCCUGGACCUCGAAACACCGGCUGUCCCUCUUCUGCUUGCCGGUGUCCAGCUGGAAAGAGGCAUAG